AUGUCUGAAGAUAUACCAAUGGAAGAUCAAGAAAAUGUUAGUCAACAACAACAAGAAGAAGUUUAUGAUAUUAAUAAGAUUAAACUUCUUCCAGGUUCCUCAGAAGAUGGAACAUCAGCAUCAUUUCAAAUUAUUGAUGAAGAUCAUACAUUAGGUAAUGCAUUAAGAUAUAUUAUAAUGAAGAAUCCAGAAGUUGAAUUUGUAGGAUAUUCUAUACCACAUCCAAGUGAAAAUAAAUUAAAUUUUAGAAUUCAAACUUAUGGAAAUAUUACUGCUGUUGAAGCUUUUCAUAUGGGUUUAGAUAAUUUAUCUGAAUUAUGUGGUGUUAUUGAAGAUAAAUUUCAAGAAACUUUGGAAAAAGGUGGGUUUAGUACUGAAGAACCAUAA